AUGGAUUGCAGUUUCAUCGACAAUGGGCGAGACAAUUUGCGAUUUGUUGGACGUCGAGGAACUGGGCGAUGUGAAUCAUGUCCUCGUGGAACAGCGGGAGAGUUUAGGAGAUGCGCGCCAUGUAAUGGAACCGAAAGGGCAUUCAAUGAUGGCACAUUCACUGGAUGCCGCCAAUGUCUACCGGGUUUCAGGGGAGUUCCCGUGCAAAGGGCCGCGCGCUGUGCUCCCUGUCCAAAAGGUACCGCAGCUUCCGCUGACGAUGAUCCGUUUGGGCCCUUUACAGCCUGUCCAAAGUGCAAAGCCGGAGAGAAUUCCAAUGCGACCGGAGCUCUCAUUUGUGUUCCAGACAACACCCCUUGUCCUGCGAACUACUUUCGAAACAAACAAGGUGGAUGUGCUCGAUGCAACAGGUCACAGCGAUACGACCCGAGGCGAAGAACUUGCGUGCCAUGCGGAAAGAACCAGGAGAGCGGCGGUAGUUUGUCGACAAAGUGUACUCCAUGCAAAGGGGCAGCUGUGAGUGGUGACGACGGAUGUGAAUGCCCUGAAGGCAGCGAGCUGACGCUCGACGGAGGGUGUCGCCUGUGCCCACCUGGCACUACCACUGAGUCUCUAGGAAAGAAAUGCACCCCGUGCCGCGCUGGAUUCUUCGCGCCAAAGGCCGGACUUGCACAAUGCGAGGUUUGCCCAGAUGGAUUGGUUCAACCGCAACGUGGGCAGGCGAAAUGCCUUCGCUGCCGAAAAGGCCUGAUCGGGAUUUCGUGGAGAUCGUUCUCGCCUUCCUCGCUGGAUAUAGACGACUUCAGCGAUUGUGUGUCCCCCAAGACGCUGUGCCCACCCGGCACGACGCGCGUGAACGACAAUCUCGGACGAAGAGUCGUUUGCAACCCCCCGGUUUGUCCGCCAGACACUUUCAAGCUUAUUGCACCUCCCGAGAUUCCUUGCGAAAGUUUCUUCUGUAACGUCGAAGAAGGUGUGUACUGCGAGAGAUGCCCCAAGACCCAUCGGUACGACCCUGUCCGAAACACUUGCAUCCUUUGCAACUUCAAUGAGGUCAGUGACGGCGGGCUUUCGACAAAAUGUCGCAGAUGCCCCCCUUUAGAGGUAGGGUUCCAAGGAAAGUGUGCUUGCAUGUCGCUCACGUCUGAUGGUGAUAGAUUCUUUGGAACAAAGUCGAGGGGACUUCUGAAUGGUCGGUGCCGCUUUUGUCCUCCAGGGACGUAUGGGUUAGAUGGGACUGCGGUUUGCACACCUUGCCCGCCAGGAACAUUCCAGGACGAAGAAGGAGAGUUUGCGUGUAAGAUUUGUCGGGCUGGUUCGUUCAGCGAUAAGCCCGGGUCGACAACGUGUAAGCAAUGCCCGAGGGGAUCGAUCAGCUUUGGUUCUCCCGCAGAUACCUUUGGGUUUGAAAUGUUGUUUUCCUCUGUCGUUGCUAGGUGUUCUUCUCUUGUGGACUGCGUCGGUAGCUCCAGUUGUGUUCGCCCGGGAUCUCUUCGCGGAUAG